AUGGCUCCCAGCAACAUCAACAUUCGUCGUGAUGUCACCGACCCCUUCUACCGUUACAAAAUGGAGCCCUUGCACUCUAAAAUUGAAGGCAAGGGAAACGGUAUUAAGACUGUGGUCGUCAACCUGAACUCGGUUGCCCAGUCUUUGAGCCGCCCUCCUGCCUACGUCAUUAAGUACUUUGGGUUUGAACUUGGUGCCCAAGCCAAUGCUAAGCCCACUGAUGACCGCUGGAUUAUCAACGGUGCCCAUGAUGCCAGAAAACUUCAAGACUAUCUUGACGGAUUCAUUUCCAAGUUCGUUCUCUGCAAGAAAUGCAAGAACCCUGAAACCGAUGUCAUCAUCAAGGACGAGAAAAUUAUCUUGGACUGCAAGGCUUGUGGACAGCGCUCGGACGUCGAUCCUCGUCUCAAGCUAAGCACCUUCAUUGUCCGAAACAACACCUCAGGCAAGGGAGGGAAAAAGGACAAGGCUGCCAAGAAGGCACGUCGUGAACGGAACAAGGAGAAGGACUCUGCAGCCAACGGAGAGAAUGGUAGCCCAGGUGACAGCAACUCGGAUAACGGCGAUGAGAAUGGCGAUGUCGCUCUGGAAGCCCACAGCGAUGAUGAGCUUACUCGUGCGGCCCAGGAACUCGAAGCGGAUGAAGAAAUUGAGGACGACAAGUGGGCUGUCGACGUCUCGGAAGCAGCCGUAAAGGCUCGUGCCAAGGAACUUCCUGAUGACUUGAAGCGUGCUCUUGCCCUUGACGAUGGAGACGACGAGGGCGCCGAAGGUCCUUCGGUUUACGAUGAACUGGGCAGCUGGAUUAUCAGCACGUCCGGUGAGAAGGGUGGGGUCUCGAAGGUAGAGGAUGUGGAAAUUUACUUGAAGGCCAAGGAGCUUGGUAUCGAGUCCAAGCACAGGACCCUGGCCGUUCUUGCCCAGACCAUCUUCGAUGAGAACAUUUCCAAGCAAAUCGAAGACCGCUCCCUUAUGCUCAAGAAGCUGAUCACUUCUGAGCGCCACGAGAAGGCCUUCCUUGGCGGUACCGAGCGUUUCGUCGGCAAGGAACACCCUGAUCUUAUUUCCAAGGUUCCAGCCGUCCUGCUCGGCUACUACCAGAAUGAUCUCAUUUCGGAGGAAACUCUAAAGGCCUGGUGCUCGAAAGCCAGCAAGAAGUACGUGGACAUUCAGACCAGCAAGAAGGUCCGCAAGGCUGCCGAGCCUUUCCUCCAAUGGCUCGAGAGCGCCGAGAGUGAGGAAGAGAGCGAGGACGAUGAGUAG